GGAGCUCGGCGCGCGCCCGGUCCGAGCGAGCGCGCCCUUGCUUCAAAGCGAUAGCGUCUCUCCCGCCUCCGGCUAGGCCUUCAGCCCUUCUCUACCCUACGUCUCAUUCUCCGCACCGCAGUUCGCCGGCCCGUAAGCGCCUCAGGCUAUCUGCCAGUCCCGGAUCCCGGUACUGCGUCCCCAGACCGCCCUCUCCAGGUUCAACCCAAGCUCCGCAGGCCGCGCACCGCAAUGGGGGUGGAGGGCUGCACCAAAUGCAUCAAAUACCUGCUCUUCGUCUUCAAUUUCGUCUUCUGGCUGGCUGGAGGCGUGAUCCUAGGUGUAGCUCUGUGGUUGCGCCAUGAUCCACAGACCACCAGCCUGCUCUACUUGGAACUGGGAAACAAACCAGCACCCAGCACCUUCUAUGUGGGCAUCUACAUUCUCAUCGCUGUGGGAGCUGUGAUGAUGUUUGUAGGCUUCCUGGGGUGCUAUGGGGCCAUCCAGGAGUCCCAGUGCCUGCUGGGGACGUUCUUCACCUGCCUUGUGAUCCUGUUUGCCUGUGAGGUGGCUGCAGGCAUCUGGGGCUUCGUAAACAAAGACCAGAUCGCCAAGGAUGUGAAGCAGUUCUACGACCAGGCCCUUCAGCAGGCUGUGAUGGAUGAUGAUGCCAGCAAUGCCAAGGCUGUGGUGAAGACCUUCCACGAGACGCUCAACUGUUGUGGCUCCAACACACUAACCACUCUGACCACCACCAUCUUGAGGAACAGCCUGUGUCCUUCAGGCAGCAACUUUCUCACCCCCUUACUGCAGGCUGACUGCCAUCAGAAAAUCGAUGAGCUCUUUUCUGGGAAGCUGUACCUCAUUGGAAUUGCAGCCAUUGUGGUAGCUGUCAUUAUGAUCUUCGAGAUGAUCCUGAGCAUGGUGUUGUGCUGUGGCAUCCGGAACAGCUCCGUGUACUAAGGCCCCUUGCUUCACACCAGAGGAUCCCUGGAGUGACCAGAGGCCACCUUGGGGGCCAUGACCUGUGUAUAUAUUUCUGUAUUACUCUGCUACACUUAGUCUUUUUACUUUUGAGGGUUUUUUUUUUUUUUGUCCUGAACUUUUCCUGUUACCUUUUGGGAGCUGACAUCACACAUAGGUAGCAUAUGUGGGGAUGUAGGGGUGGAGCUGGCCCUGGCUUGGCACUUCUGGGACCCCUGGAGAGUUCUGCCUGCUGAGCCAAAACUCCUCCACAGCUACUUGCCCAGAGGCUAUGUAGCCUAGCUAGAGGGCCAUGUCCACCCACUCUGCCCACUGUGGGUCACAUCACUCACAUCUUUUUAAUCCUUGUCCCUUUCCUGCCUCCAUUUCAAGAGCUGGGUUUGUACGCACUCUUAUGCCUUCAAUGCACUUAUUCUAACGUGUCACCUUCAACUGUAAUUAAAUCUUGAAACGAUCAUUUAAUAAAGGAGGAAAAAAAUCAGGCAUGCUAA